UGACUAUGAAGUGUGCAGACCGUUGAAUUUAUCGGUGAAGGUUCGUAAUUUUGUCUUGGUUGAACAAAAGGAAAAGACAUGUCUCAAGAAGCCGUUAAACGACCUAUGAAAUAUCCAUAUACACUCUCUGCAAAACUUGCGCAAUUCCCAUAUGCAUAUUAUUUCCAUAACAAAAGCAGUUGGGUGUUCAAAUAUUGGGCAAUCAGCUUUUUCGUAUGUCUACCUGUUUUCUAUAAAAUCCAGAAACUCAGUAACCAUCCAGACAAUGUGAAGAAAUGGGAUGAAAUACAUAAAAAAGAAUUUUCAGGAGAGGUUCAUCACUGAACUGUACACGAUAAUAGUGUAGUAUGAUGUAUAACAAAUAUGUAGGAAGAAAAUACAUUUAAUCUUCAUACAUUAAGCUUAAA